AUGGUCAAGGGCAGAGUGCUAGUCAUUGCCGGCUCCGACUGCUCCGGCGGCGCAGGGUUGGAAGCCGAUCAGAAAGUUCUCGCCGCACAUGGCUGCUACGCCAUGACGGCGACCACAGCCCUGACUGCUCAAAACACCACGGGUGUCAAGGGAAUUCACGUCAUCCCAGCGGCGUUUGUGGAACAGCAGAUCGAGGCUUGUAUCGAAGAUGUCGGCGUAGACGUAAUCAAAACAGGCAUGCUUGCUGCCGCAGAGACCAUUGAUAUGAUUGCGAGACAAGUCGCCAAACACGGAAUUACGUCGCUGGUGGUCGAUCCGGUAAUGGUGUCGACAUCUGGCGCUCAGUUGCUUCCACGCGAGGCUAUACGAGAGCUUUCGAUGCAUCUGCUUCCCCGCGCGACAGUUCUCACGCCCAACAUCCCAGAAGCCAUUCUGAUCCUCUCGGAAAAUGGCGACUCUGCCUUGGCCGAAAAGAAGAUUUGCUCCGUCUCUGAUGUCGAAUUCAUUGGUCGUCGUAUCCAAGCUCUCGGUCCGGAAUGGGUUCUUGUCAAGGGCGGCCAUCUACCAUUCCGUGCAGAUAUGAGCGUCGCCGAAACUGAGCAUGAGAAGCACGUUGUUGUAGACCUUCUAGUCGGGCCAGAGGGCAAGGUCUUCAGAGUACAGAGCCCCUAUCAGCCGAGUACUAGUACUCACGGUACAGGGUGCUCGCUAGCUUCUGCCAUCGCUGCCGGGCUUGCUAAAGGAAUCGAUGUGCCUGCUGCGGUCCACUCUGCUUGUCGAUAUAUCGAGGCUGGUAUAAGGAGCGCACCGAAGCUAGGUAAGGGAAACGGACCACUAGAUCACUUCCAUUCAAUUCAAAGCCUUCCAUUCGCUCCUGGCUAUUUUAUAGAGUAUCUCCUCCAGCGGCCUGACGUGAAGGAUGUAUGGGAGACAUUUGUCUACCAUCCAUUCGUGAUGGCUCUCGGCGACGGAACCUUGCCGCUGGAAUCUUUCAAGGGAUACAUUGUCCAAGACUAUCUUUACUUGGUCCACUUCUCAAGAGCAAAUGCCCUGGCUGCUUAUAAAUCAAAGGAUAUCGAAAGCAUCCGCAGAGCAAACAAAAUCGUCGGCUACAUCAUCCAUGAGAUGCAGCUACAUGUCAACUACUGCAAGCAGUUUGGCAUAUCAGAGGAAGAAAUACAAGCAACUGAAGAAAAGCAAGCAUGUACAGCAUAUACCCGGUACGUGUUGGACGUUGGCCAGAGCGAAGAUUGGCUGGCCCUCCAAAUGGCCCUGGCUCCCUGCCUGCUCGGCUACGGCGCAGUGGCCCAGAUGCUGCAUUCCCACAGACUCACCCGCACCAAGGACAAUAUCUACUGGCCGUGGAUCCAAAACUACGUGGCUGAAGACUACACGAGCGCGGUGAGGCUCGGUUCGGAGCUUUUGGAAAAGCACAUGCGGCUUCAGUCGCCAAGCCGCGUCGAGGAGCUGAUCAAGAUAUUCAUACAUGGGACAAAGAUGGAAACCGGAUUCUGGGAAAUGUUUCCAUACAAAUAA